UGUUCUCCCGAUUUAGCAAUCUACUACACUAAAUAUCAACCGUUGGAUCAAAAAACCAAUACCCUUGAGAACACUAACAUCCAACGGUUCUUUCUUAUGUAUAAAUGUAGAAACAACUGUUGUGUGUAAACGGAAUGAAAAAAAAACAGAAGCAGAGAGAGAAAAGAGAAGACAGAGUCAAUUCAAUUUCUGAAAAAAAGUUCAAAUUUUUCUAAUAAAUUUUGAUUUCCCAUUAGUCAGAAACAUCUUCUUUCUCGUGCCCGGAGCUCAAUUUUUCAAAUUUCAUUGAAAAAUCGAAGCUUUCCUGGAAAAUUUUUGCAUUCUCUAUUACAUCGUCUUCACCUAAUUUUCCAUUAAUGGGUAUCUCAAAAGACAGGAUCAAAUUCAACGUUGGUGGACGACUCUUCGAAACGACGGCGACGACGUUAGCAAACGCAGGUCGUGAUUCUUUCUUCGGAGCAUUGUUCGACGACGAAUGGAAUCUUUCACCACUUGAAGAUUCCAUUCUUUUCGUAGACAGAAACUCAGAUUGCUUCGCAGUUCUUCUUGAUCUUCUCCGUACGGGAGACCUUAACGUUCCGGCCAACAUCCCUGAGCGUCUCCUUCAUAGAGAAGCUUCUUUCUACGGUUUACUUGACCAUGUACGGACCGCUAAAUGGGGUCCGUUUGAUGGUAACCGUCUUCGUCUAUCGGAUUCUGUUAAAGGAAUUGCUCCCGGAGACGGAACCGCCAUCAGGGCAGGUCCUGAUGGCGGUUGUUGCGUCGCGCACGGGAGUGUUGUUCAUGUUUUUGAUUGGAUGUUGGAAGAACAUUCUCCGAUCAACCUUGAUUACCAGAGAGUAAACGAUGUUGGCUGGAUUGAUUCAGACAACAUCGUACUCUCUGCUUGUGAGAAAUUGGGAAGAGGAGAUGGAGGAAUGGGACUGUUCAGUUCAUCUUCCGGUGAUCUUCGGUAUAAGUUUCAGGUCUGUCAUGAGAAUCAGGUGAAGAGUUAUACAGCUGGAGCUUUGAGUUUUUCGCCGGAUUAUGAGAUUUUUGCGAGCUGCAAAGGUCGGAGUAAUGAGUAUGGAAUCGGAGUUUGGGAUCAGAUAACUGGAAAGCAAACCGAUUUCUUCUACGAGAGUCCUGGUUGGUCACUUGGUGAUGCUGACAAGCUUCAAUGGCUGAAUGGUAAGAACUGUCUUCUUGUGGCUACAUUGUUUCCAAGAAAGGACAACUGUUACAUUAGUUUGUUGGAUUUUCGGGACAAGAACAUGGUUUGGUCAUGGUCGGAUAUUGGGUCUCCUAUGGCGAUAGACGAGAAGAGAGUGAGAGAUGCAAUAGCUAUGGAAGAUAGCAAUUCGAUUUGUGUGGUGAAUGAGUUUGAGGAUUUGGGGUUUAUUGAUCUGAGGAUGUAUGGAGGAAGCGUGAGGUGGAGUUCGAGAAGUAAACUGAUGAAGAGUAAGAUGCCUGAUGAGCCUUGUUACCCGAAACUAGCUUUGCAUGAAGGCCAGCUUUUCUCAUCAAUGAAUGAUUCUAUCUCUGUGUUCUGUGGACCAGACUGGGUCUUAACUUCUAGGCUAAGAAGAAGCUAUGGUGGCUCAAUCUGUGAUUUCUCCAUUGGUGGCGACCGCCUUUUUGCAUUGCAUAGCGAGGAGAAUGUGUUUGAUGUCUGGGAGACUCCGCCUUGUCCGAUCAUAUAAUUCACUACCUUAAUACUCUGGUUUGCUUUUGUUCACGUUUAGUUUGCUUGUUUUAAUAGAGUCCUUAGAAAACUACAGAGAAAAGAAUAGCAAUAGACAAAGACAACUAUAGCAAUAGACUGAUGAUCUUAGUUUUGUUCUAUACAAAGAAAGUGUUGCUUCUUACUAAGAAAUGAUAUCGAUUUUAUACGAUUUUAUGUCUCUUACACCGAUCAACGAUAGCCAGGUCUUCACUCGAUACAGAGUUCUUAGUAUUAGCUGUGUUUUAUUUUAUUCUCGUUAGACUUACUAAGCUGUUUCCAUGGUGGUCCAAAAUCUCAACCUCAGCUUCUUUAAGGUUUUUUGAGGAUUCGUUACCUUAGUACAUGUGAGUGGUUGCAACUGCUACUGUCUUUUGGGGGCAGUUAAAG